UUCACCUACGACUCGAGCCCGUUCCCCUGAUAGUGAAACCACCGGAAAGAAGAACAACGCGCUUGUAGUCGUCGUUUGCGCUCCCCCUUGCGAAGUACAAGCAUGGAACUUUUCUGCCCCAUCGUGAUUUUGUCGGUCCUGGCGUCGAGCGAGGCCGUCGGUUUUCACGGGUUCCACUUCAAAGGGCUCGAGGAGCCGAGCUGGCUGGGAUCGCGCACGAUAACCGAAAAAUGGAUCGAGCAGACGCUGGACCACUUUAACCACCGCGACGAUCGCACCUGGAACAUGCGAUAUUACGAAGAAGACAGGUAUUUCAACGGCACUGGGCCGAUACUCGUGUUUUUGGGCGGCGAGUGGGAGAUAAGCCCGGGGUACUUGAAUUCUGGUCUGAUGUACGAAAUCGGCAAACAGCACGGGGCCCUUAUGUUUUACACCGAGCACCGCUACUACGGGAAAAGCGAACCAACCAAGAACUUGAGCUCGGCGAACAUGCAGUAUUUGAGCGUGGAUCAAGCCUUGGCUGACGUCGCUUACUUUGUGAAGGAAAAAAAGGCCGAGCGCGAAGCGGAGGACGCAAAGGUCGUUGUUUUUGGCGGGUCGUACUCGGGUAACAUGGCUGCUUGGAUGAGGAUAAAAUAUCCCCACUUGAUCCAGGGUGCCGUGGCGAGUAGCGCGCCGGUUUACGCCAAGGCGGAUUUUUACGAGUAUUACGAAACUGUUACCGAAGCUCUCAAACGACACGGCGAUGAGUGCGUGGCGAGCGUGAAAGUUGCGAUCGAGCAAACCGAGGAGAUGUUGGCUUCACAGGCUGGCGCGGAAAUGAUUCAAAUUCUGUUCAAUCUCUGCAGUGCUGUAAACGUGACGUCUAGAAAUGAAGUCAGUUACUUUAUGAACUACGUGGCAGAAAAAUUCGCCGGUGCAGUGCAAUACAACAAAGGAGGAGUUGGGCGCAACAGUACGAUCGGCGGCCUCUGCGCCACCAUGGCAGAUAAGAAAAUCGGCGCCCCCGUCAAAAGGCUCGCAACUCUGUUCAAAAAAGAGUCGUGCACCAAAGACGCCGAUUACUCGAACUUCCUGGAGACAAUGAGAUCCGAGAAAUUCGAGCCCUCUGAAGCUACAAGGCAAUGGUUCUUCCAAACGUGCACCGAGUACGGAUACUAUCAGACGACCAACUCGAGCCGAUCCGUCUUCGGGACCCUCUUCGAGCUCGAUUUCUUUGUUGACUUGUGUCAGAACCUCUACGGCGAAUACUACGACAAAAAUUUGCUCGAGUACGGCGUGAGCCGAACGAACAUCCAGUACGGCGGGAGACUUCCGGACGUGACGAAUGUUAUUUUCACUAACGGAGACGUCGACCCUUGGCACAGGCUCUCCGUACUGGAGGAUCUGAACGAGUCCUCGCCGGCGAUCCUCAUUUCUGGUACCUCCCACUGCGAGGACUUGAAGUCAUCGAAAAGUGCGAGGACAUCGCCUGAAUUGGAAGGUGCGAGAAAAAGGGUCAACAAACUCGUUUCAACAUGGCUUAUUUAGGAACUGAUGUAAUAUAAACGUGUAUUUGGGUGAGAGUAUGAAAAAACGAUUGCCAUGAGUCGAUCGGUACAUAUUUAUUACUGAUAAAUGUUUUUUUUUUUCUUCCACUAAUUAAAAUAUCUUAAUACUUUCUUAUAAUCAAUACAUUUCUUAAUUACUAAAGAUUUUGUACAAUUUAUAUAUAUAUACGUCG